ACUCACAGAAAAGGAAGAAAAAAAAUCAUUUCAGUCCACCACUUUCUUCUUCUCGGCGACGGCGGCUGACGGCGGGCAGGCGAGCGAGCGAGGAACCCUAACCCUAACCAGCACUUCCGAUCCGCAAGGGCUGCGACGAUGGCGGCGUCUCUCCGCGCGGCGGCGGCGGCGACGACGAGGAUCCUGCGUCCGGCAGUGCUUCCAAGGGAGGGGCUUCGCCGGCUCGUCCACACCCGCCAGCAUUCCGCACCCGCCCGUGCCUUGGAGGAAGGAUACCGUGGGUCACAAGUCCAGCAGAAGAAAGAGGAGCUGUACGCGGCUUCCCAGCUAGACAGGCGCCCGGUAACUACAGCCAAAAAGGUGAUUAAGUGGACUGCGAUCACUCUUGGUGCGAUCACUCUUGGUGUGUUUGCUACCGGUGAUGGGCAGGAUGAUUGGCCUGCCUGUCACGGGUGUGGCGAAUGUGUUCCCAAGAAGUGCAACCAGUGCGGGCGGAACCUCCCGCGUCCACGUCCACGUCCGAGUGCUGAACCAAGGCAGGCUGCCUGAGAGUGUGGCCAAGCAAGUGGAGCAGAGCAGAAUCAAAAGGAAACUGCAGAAGCAACUGGGUUAAGGAUGAAAUGUAUCUUGUUUGAUGGAGAAGUAAGCCGGAUAUCAGUUUUAUUCUAGCACCACCAUAUUAUGUAUGUCUAUGAUCUGCCACACCUAUGAGUUGAGUAGUAGUAUUCCUGGAUGAUCCGUACGUGAUCGCAUUGUAAGAUAUCCGUGAUUUGGCAGACAUGGUAUGUUAUCCUUUCAGUCUAGAACUUGAGUAGUAGUAUUCCUGGAUGAUCUGUGAUCCCAUUGCAAGAUAAUCUGUGAUGUUGCUGACAUGACAUGGUAUGUUGUCUGCAUCCCAUUUGAGUAAAUUCUUUAUGAA